AUGUCGCCAAUUAUGCGCAGAAUCAAAGUUAAUGCCGGAGAAGCAAAAUUAAUACUGGUUAUGUUAAUGGCGGUUCAAGUCGCCAAACCUUGCGUUUUCACGUCGCCCUUAACGUUACAAUUGCUAUUGGAAUACGCGGAAUGGAGAUCUUGGGAUCAAGUGGUGCUCUUCGAUAAUGUCAGCCCGUUGAAUUGCGUCCUUAAUUACGCUCGGCCAUUGAUCCAAUGCUUCAGUGAAAAAGGCAUCAGUGUGUCUUUACAAUCGGCAACGAAUCCAAAUAUACCGGAUGCUCUUACAAUUCGAACUCAUCGUGUCGGCUCGAUCGUGUUCUUGGACGGACUCAAUCUGACUUCAUCUGACAAUAUUAUCCAAGUGGCCUCCCAGAAAUUUUUGUUCAACUAUUACAUCUCCUGGCUUAUGGUGACCACAAGGAGAAACGAUUCCACCAUCGACACCGUUCUUCGAGAUCUAAAUAUCGGCAUCGAUAGUGACGUGGUCGUGGCUACCUCGCCAUUACCGAAUGACGCUGUUGCUUGGAUGUAUGCUCAGAAAUACCGAGACAAGAUAUGCAGAUCUCUUCGACGAUAUGGGGAUCGCUUCGAGUUCACGGGGCCACCGGAGCGACGCACCGUCGAGAACGCGACGAGCAAUUUGAGCUAUGUCACUGAGGAGAAUCGCACGGUGUCGUUCUACUUGAUGCACACUUACAAAAUACGUCAUUCCGACAAUACGAGUCUAAUUGUCCGAUAUCUCGGUUUCUGGAAUCCGGAGUCUCAUACCCUGAAGCUGCCGAUGAGCGUGAAGCUCAGAAGCGAUUUCAAUGGCCUUCCUAUUGUCUUUGGAGUGUUGAACGGAACCAGCGACGGGCAGACCGACGUUACCGAAUCAGAAGCUACCGCCAACGAUCUCGCACCGCUUUUGGACUUUGCUACCAUUGUUACAAAUAGCGUGAACGCUAGCAUUGAGCUCGUACCGCACGAAAAACUCGGUACAUUAACUAACAAAGUAUGGAGCCAUCUCCUUGGCGAUGUCGUGACCGGCGCCGUCGAUAUUGGUUUAGGAUAUGUAACGGCGAACGACGAGGAACGUUGGACGGAGAUGACGUUUAGUCAUCCUUUGAUACGAUACAUGAGAAAUAUUUAUUACCAUCCAUUGGAGACCGGCACGAUGAGGGAUAUUUUUUUACAACCGUUCGACAAUCGAUUGCUCGGUUGCGUCGCGGGGACAUAUCUCAUCAUGUUAAUCGCAAUGGCGACGGUUAUUUACGCCGCUAAAACAUUGUUGCAUGAUGAGGAUGAAAAACACGUCGGAAUCGGGGAAUCUGCACUUUGGUGCUUGAGUAUCAUGUGCAUGCAAGGAUCACCCUGGAUGCCGCAAAGCCCGUCUGGGAAGACUCUGUUGUUGUUCAGUUUAAUAUUCUCCCUCGUCAUGUACAACGCUUAUGCCGGCUUCAUCACGUCCAUAUUGUCGGUGCAGGCCACUGGAAUCAAAUCGAUCACGGAUCUCCUCUUUAAUAACUUCAAGCUAGGAUACAGUGCCGCCGAUGAUACAUACAUAAGGAAUGCAAACGACAGCAAUCUCCGUCAGUUGUAUAUAAAGGCGUUCAACAAUCGCGAGUCCCGCCUGGAGACGAGGACCGGCCUCAUGAAAGCCGUCAAAGGACGAUACGGAUUCUUCGUCAGCGCGACACUCGCACGGCGAGCCCUUCGAACGACCUUCAUACAGGAACGAUGCACCUUGAAAGAGUUGCUGCUUCCGCAAACGCUUACAGUCGUCGGUCUUCCCAUGGCCAAAAGCUGCCCGUACAGGAAGAUAAUUAAUCUCAAUAUAUUGCGGAUAUACGAACGCGGCGUCCUGGACAAGAUACAGGAACGGAUGCUGCCGACGAUGCCGCGGUGUGCGUCGUCGGCGGCUUUCAACAGCGCGAGACUCGCCGACGUCUACUCUGCCUUCUUCAUCCUGGUGGCGGGUUUGGUUAUCGCGAUUUCCAUCGGCAUCUUCGAAAGGAUAUGGAACAAACGGAGGCAGAUGCGGGAAACUGUCGUGCGCGGUAUGCGCAGGCACAAUCUAAUACCGCAUCUCCACUUCCAUCAUCAUCACGACGGUGGUCGCGAUCGUCUCAACGCCCGUCAUCCUCAGCUUCGCGUCGCUGCCCCGACCGGGAAAUUACGCGGUUACGAUCCCGCUUGCCUGACCAUGCUGCAGAAUCACGCUCGUCAAGUGCAGUCGUUCGUCGGUUUGCAAGUACGCGACGUUUCUCCCGAGAAACCGGGGGGUCCCGCUCUGGAGCCGCGUUUGCAGGUACGGCGGAGAUCGGCAGGUCCCAAGAGAGCGAUCUGCUCCUCCUUCGCGGGCUUGCCCAAGAAGAUGAGAUCGACCGAGAGAAUCCCGCCGACCUCAAACGCGGAAAACAUCCGAGUCUUUCCGUUCCGCAAUUGAAACGUCACUCUGCCGUCCCGGAGUUUUCCUUUAAUGUGAUACUAGCCUCGCUAAUUAGUCGUAAAACUAUCUUACAAGGUGCAUUAUGCAGUCUCACAGGCUGUAAAAUUAGUAUGACAAAUGCUUCGCUUUUAUUCCAGUCGUAGCUACAAAAUCAUUAUCAAAUAUACACGGAAAAAAACAUUUAGCUGCUGUAGCUAAAACU